UCCUGGCGGCGGCCCCCGCGGCUCCUGACACGCCUCCUCCCGGCCUGGCCCUGGGCACCUGCCCGUCGUCUCCUCAGACCCCUCGGUCUCCCCCAGCCUCGUUGCGCUGAGACAGGGAGACGCCCCCCUGGAAGGCCACUGGGGGGUCUUGGGGUGGCGAAGAGGCCGAGCGUUUGAACUUGAGGGUGCACCGUCCCCUUUUCAAGGGCCUUGGGUCCAUGUGACUCAUCAGCGCGCCGGUCGCGGCCGUUUUUUUUUGUUGUCGUUUGUUCGGAGGUUGUUGGUUUGGGGGUUUGGGGUUUUUUAUUAUUAUUAUUAUUUUUAUUUUUAACCUCCCGACCUUCCCGCACUUCCCCACCACGCGAAGCCCGCGAGCUCUGAGGAGAAGCGGCUCUGAGGAGGGCGGUUCUGAGGAGAGGCAGUUCUGAGGAGGGGCAGCUCUGAGGAGAACUGGCUCUGAGGAGAACUGGCUCUGAGGAGGGGCGACUCUGAGGAGAACUGGCUCUGAGGAGAAUUGGCUCAGAGGAGAACUGGCUCUGAGGAGGGGCGGCUCUGAGGAGAACUGGCUCUGAGGAGGGGCGGCUCUGAGGAGAACUGGCUCUGAGGAGGGGCGGCUCUGAGGAGAACUGGCUCUGAGGAGAAUUGGCUCAGAGGAGAACUGGCUCUGAGGAGGGGCGGCUUCCUUGCGUGGGCUUUUGAGUCCGCCAGACGGGAGGUCUCGGCCCCUUCCAUGCAGGAGCAUGGCCGCGUCUCUGGCCUCGCAGAUGGACGCGCCCCUGGAGGUGGGCGGUUGCCUGCUGAUGAAGGUGGACGCGGAGCCCCGCGCGUGGGCCCCGGAGCCCAUUCUGGAAAGGUCGGAGAGCUGCGAGGCCGAGACCUUCCGUAAAUGCUUCCGGCAGUUCAGUUACGAGGACGUGACCGGACCGCACGAAGCGUUUAGCAAACUCUGGGAACUUUGCUGCCGCUGGCUGAAGCCAGAGACGCGUUCCAAGGAGCAGAUCCUCGAGCUGCUGGUGAUCGAACAGUUUCUCACCAUUUUGCCCAAGAAGAUCCAGGCGUGGGCGCAGAAGCAGUGUCCGGAAAGUGGAGAGGAGGCGGUGGCCCUUGUAAUCUGUCUGGAGAAGGAGACCGGGAGACUGAGACAGCAGGUUAACAGUCCUGUGCACUCAGAGAAACAAGCCCCAAUUGGAACAGCAUGGGAAGUGGUAGAACUUAUUCCAGAGCAAGUGGAAACCCAAUCCAGAGUGGUGUCUCAAGAGGAAGCCGGAAGCCUCCACUUAGAACACCAGGAGCAGCUGAACCGAAAGAGAGAACUUCAGCCCAUACCCAAGAGUGCUCAGACUUCUUCCUGGCUUCCUGCUCCUGCUGAUGAGUGGAAUAUCAUAGAUCAAGAAGUAACAACCACGUGUCUUCCUGUUGGGUCUCAGGGACCAGUGAGAGAUGUUCAUAUAGCAAGAACCUUUUCCUGCAAGAAGAGUGUGAAUCGGCCUCCUGCUCACAGAGACCUUGGCCAUGACGUUAGGAAGGAGAAUGGUGGGAACAUAGUCUCCCUAGGAAGCACAGUGUCUUCAUCUAACAAGAUAACCCUAUUGGAGCAAAGAAAGGAACCAUGGACUAGAGAUCUACAUUCUGCUAAUAAAAGAAAUAUCCUUCGAAGUAAUUACAUCAAUGAAAAAUCAGUUCAUGCUAUUCAGAUCCCUGCAAGGAAUGCUGGGAAAACAUGGCGAGAGCCUCAACAGUGGGGUUUAGAAGAUGAAAAAAUAGCGGGCGUGCAUUGGAGCUAUGAGGAAACUAAGACUUUUCUUGCAAUUCUCAAAGAGUCUCGCUUUUAUGAAACACUUCAAGCUUGUCCCCGAAAUAGCCAGGUAUAUGGUGCUGUGGCUGAAUGGUUACGUGAAUGUGGCUUUCUCAGAACACCAGAACAGUGUCGGACCAAGUUCAAAAGUCUCCAGAAGAGUUAUCGAAAAGUGAGAAAUGGUCACUUGCUGGAACCUUGUGCCUUCUUUGAGGACAUGGAUGCUUUGUUGAACCCUGCAGCCCAUGCAUCAUCUUCUGAUAAGUCAAAGGAGAUUUUGUCUCUUCCUAGAAUGAAGAGAAUUGGUAUCAGUGCUAAAGAACAGGUCAGUUUGGUGGAAGAGGACGAAGCUGCAGAAGAAUCUGAUAGUGAUGAGAUAGGCCUUGAAUUUAUCAGGAAGUCUGAGACUCGUGGUGCCCCUGUCUUAUUUCAGAACCUGAGUGGCGUGCACUGGGGCUAUGAGGAAACCAAGACUUUUCUUAAUAUCCUGCGUGAAACUCAUUUUUAUGAAGCACUCCAAGCCUGUCAUCGGAAGAGCAAAUUGUAUGGGGCUGUGGCUGAGCAACUACGAGAGUGCGGCUACCUCCGGACACCAGAACAGUGCCGCACAAAGUUCAAGAGCCUUCAGAAGAGUUACCGCAAAGUGAAAAAUGGCCAUGUACUAGAAUCUUGUGCAUUCUAUAAGGAGAUGGAUGCCCUGAUUAACUCUCGGACAUCUGUCCCUUCCACCAACAUACCAGAAGAAGUCCCAUCACCCUCAAGUCAAGAAAGAGACGAAAUUGAGAUUGAGUCCCAGGAACCUUCAGUCUGGGAACCUGAGGAGACUUCAGAGGAGGCCAUAGUAGAAGAUUCUGGCAGUGAGAGAAUGAGUGAGGAAGAAAUUUUACAAGAGUCAGAAUUCCAGGAUUCUGCAGGUCUGCUGCAAAGUCCAAGUGAUUCUGAAAUUGAAAGUAGCAUCAAGCAAGGUGCAACGCAGGUAAUAUAUAAGGAAAUGGAGUCACAUAGGACAUUCAUAGAAAAGUCUAAAAGGGUUGUUUUCCAGAGUACUGAUCCAGGUAAAUAUCAUAAAAGGGAAUGCAUCUCAGGAAGACAAUGGGAAAACCUUCAAGGAAUGAGACAGGGAAGAUUUUUGCCUCAGCCUAGAGACUUAGGGAAAGCUAUAGUGCAUCAGAGGCCUUUCAUGGGAAAGAGACCCUACAGACUUCUCAAAUAUGGAGAUAAUUAUGUAAGGAGUGCUCGUCUUAUGUGCCGGAUUACCCAUCAAAAGGAAAAUCCUUACAAGUGUAGUGUCUGUGGGAAGUGUUUUGGUAGAAGCAGGAGCUUAAUUAGACACCAAAGAAUCCACACAGGAGAAAAACCUUUUAAAUGUCUAGACUGUGGGAAAAGCUUCAAUGACUCUUCAAACUUUGGUGCUCACCAGAGAAUACACACAGGAGAGAAACCCUACAGAUGUGAAGAGUGUGGAAAGUGCUUUAGUCAGAGUUCAAGUCUUAUUAUACAUCAGAGAACCCACACUGGAGAGAAACCUUAUCAGUGUGGAGAAUGUGGGAAAAGCUUUACCAAUAGUUCUCAUUUCAGUGCCCACCGGAGAGUCCACACUGGUGAGAAUCUCUAUAAAUGUGUUGAUUGUGAAAAAAGUUUCAGUAACUGCACACGAUUUCGAGAACACCGGAGAAUGCAUACUGGAGAGAAACCCUACGGAUGUGGCCAAUGUGGCAAGCGUUUCAGUAAGAGUUCUGUUCUUGCCAAACAUCGGGAAGUUCAUAUGAGAGAAAGGCUUCUGCCUCACCCUCUGCCUGUGUAUUCCCCAGAAAACCUGCAUAAAGGUAAAACUGAUGAAUUUAGGAAACCUUUUUGAUAUGAUUAUUUCUCUUUCUAAGCAUCCCUGUAGCCAUUUCACCCUAAUCUCACUCUUGGAAGCAAUCUUUUCUUUGCUAUAAAGCAUAAUACCCAAGAUAAGCUUGAGAAUUUAAUUCCACUAUAGACUUGGAUCCUAUUCUCACCUCUGCCUCGAACGAUCAGUCUUCCUCUCCUCUGUGUAUCAAUUUCUCCUUUAAGAGAAGGGAGAAGCGAUAGUGUCUGUGUUCAGCAUACAACUUGCAUCAGUAUAUUGAGGCCAGUGCUAUUGGAUUGCUAAGUCCAGAAACAUUCAAGAUCCUUCAUUGUAGUUCAGAGUUCUUUUCAAGUAUAUAUAUAUAUUUUUUUAAAGCUGAAGUUUUUUUUUCUUUUUCAUUAUCUUCACCUAAGCUCCUGAAUACAACUUUAUUUGGAGUUUCAUGUGUGGGUAGAACUUUCAGGAGUCUGAUCAGAAUCACAUCAAAUGUAAGAUACUUCAGCUUCAGAAGUCUGUCGUGGUGUACUUUUUUGUGAUAAGAAGUUGAUCCAAAUCGUUAGGGUAGAAUCCUGCAUUGUCACUGAAAUCAGAUUACUAAAGUCUUGUCCUCCCAUAUGGAUAAGAAGCAAUUGAUCACUCUUUGUCAUUGGUAAUAACCUUUUCUAUUCCUAUAGAGAAACACCAUUGGCUGCUACUUCUCCAGUCUAUAAGUAAUCUAUUUCCUUUUACUGUUUCUCCUAAGUCCUACACUUGCCACCUUAUUGUUCUGAAUGCUCUUAUCUGACUCUUCUGAGUUACCAUGCUCCCACAGAUUGAAUAGGAUGCAUGCUCCUGGUUAGCUCAUUAAAGUAAAGUAGAAUUUCAGAUACAUUUAGUUAUCCCCAAUACUCUAAGAUUCUUAUGUAUACCAAAACUGGUAUGUUGCUGUAUUUUAUGCUUUCUGACCUCACAAUUCAGUAUAAUAUAUAGCUUCUUAAAACUUAGAGCAUUUGGGGAAAAGUGAGGUAAGAAACCAAGAGACCUGAAACCUUUAAUAUUUGAAAGAGUAGGUGUACUUUUGACGUCUGUUUAGACCAUCUGAGUCAGUGCGUACUCCAGGGCUCCAUUUUUUUCGGAUAUGUCCAAUUCCUGAUAUAGGAUUAGAGAACUAAAUAACUUACAUAACUUUACAGUUCAUUGAGUGAACCUGAAAUAGUUACAGAAAUAUCAUAUCUAGAUCUCCAGUUUUCCCUCAUUUUCCAUUCACGUUUUCCUCAGACCUGUGUAUCUGAAAAAUCUCUUUGUUAACCUCAGUGCUUCAGUUUGAGCCCAGUGGUACAUAUAACCUAAGUAUUUAGGGUGGCCUUUACUUUGGAAAGAAAGAAGCCCAGAGUCAAGGCUGGUACAAAUUGUUCUUUUUAUACAAAUUAUUCUUUUGCCUGUUGCUCUCUUACUUCAAGACAUCUGGAGUUAAUAUUUUUCCAGCAAGUUUGUUUUACUGUUUUGAAACUUGUUCAGCAGAGUAUCAAGGAGAAUAGGCAUCAUGGAAAUAAAUCCAACUUACGGUGCCAGAAUAGGGUAUGGCCUGUCGGAAGGCAGGUGACUCAGGUAAAUAUUAAUAAAUGUCUGAUUUAUAGUUGUUGGAAAUGUGAUUGUUCACAUCUUGAUUGGCUGAUUUUCUGUGUGUCUUAAUUAUAGGCUUCUAAUGGUAAUUGUAGUUUCAUGUUGGUAGCCGUGCCUAUCACAGUAAGCUGUGUGUGGUGUAGUGAGUGUGUGCUUAUAUUUUCUAAAUGUCUGGAAUUCUAACUUUAGAGAAGAUACAUAUCAGUAGAAAUCACCGGUUAGUAAUAUGUAUACAGGAUUGAUAAUUAUAUUGAAGCAUGAUUCAGGAAACUAGGUGGUUAAUUCAUAAGUAUUUAUUAAGAACUGUUGUGUAUAAGGCUAUGUUCUAGGCACAGGGAAGUAUAUGAUGUUUAAAAAGGGGGGUCAUGGUGACUGUACUAAAGGAACUUGAAAUAUAUAAUGACAUAUUACAACAUAAGGUAAUGCCGGUUGCGUUCAUGUCCGUUAUCCGGAGGUCAGUGUCUCAGUCAUGAGAAAAUCACCUUAUAAAAGUAUUUUUUCUGAUUUGCCUAGAAUCAUAUCUUGGGUUUACCUCUCAGAUUUCUUUUGAGAUUCAAGAUCCAUUUCAUCUCCAGUGACGUAAACUAUUUGAGUCUUUUUCUUGAUGUCUGGGAUCAAGCAAAGGUAGAAAUUGGUUUUCUCUACUAAUGUUUGAGAUUGUAAAUAGACUUUCAAGGCAUAUGUAAAAUUAACUUCAUGAACUUUAUCUCUGUUCUGAAGAAAAGGAAGAUUCUGUCUACCAUUUUAGACUAAGACUACUAUCAGUUUAUUAUUUUAUCAGCUGGUUUAUGAGAUUCAAGAUUAUGUAUCUUUUAUAUAAUGCAAUACUGCCUUUAUGAAAAUCCAUAAGAAAAGAUUUUUAUCUAGGUCUUAAUACCAAGGAAAGUUCUGAUUCUAGACGGCAGAGAAAUUAUCUUACACUGUGAUUUUAUAACUUACUCCUAUUCUUUCUUUCUUUGACUUCUAGAAAGCUAAAUAAAACUUACAACUCACCUCAACCAACUACCUGAAAUCUUUCUUUAUUAAGUACUCUUAUUUUUUGAAAAUUAUGCCAAAACCUAUUUUUAAGUGGCAUAAGUAAAGAGACAUUUUAGUCUCUGGCAUCUUAGCAAGGCACUUUAGAAACUGACCUGUCUUCCCUGCCUGGGCUUGCUUUGUUACUUUCAUAAAUACCUCCACUUCUUACCAGUGAUCGUAUUAUGCAUACAACUUAAUUCAUUCAUCUGGUGUAAAAAUAUUAGGUGUUUUUUGUUUUGUUUUGUUUUAAUGCUCAGGAGACCAGUGUUGGCAAUGCAGGAGUCCAAGGAUACUAUAGUGCUGCUUGGGUCCUGUGGUGCUGAGGAUUACCUGGGCCACCCCAGUGGGGGCCUCCAGGACUGCUCCCAACAAUGUUCAUGUGAUGCCAGAGGUUGAACUAGGGUCUGAUAUAUGCAGGGUAUGUGACUUAACCCCAGUACUAUCUCUCCGGCUCCCAAAACUUAGCUUUUAUAAAAGAGAAAUACUUCACACACAGCAAUAGCAGUCAGCUACAAUGGAAUGAGCAUAAGACUAGAAACCAGCGGAGACAAAUUUCAGUCUUGUCACUGCCACUUUGUGUUAUUUGGUAACUCAAAGCCUCUUUGUUUUUAACUUCCUUUCAAAGGGAAGUUGAAAUUGGUUAUCAAGUCUGCUCCGGAGUCAAGGAAGAUAGUACAAGAGUUGGGUACAUGCAAAGCAGUCUGAUCCCUGGCUCCACAUAGCCCACUACCCCCAAGCAUCACCAGGUGUAACCCUGGAGCGCUUUCAAGGUGGCUCUGGUGGUCUCUGGUAUCACAAGACCCAAGCAGUGCUUCAUUCUUUGGCCUUUACAUUGAACUGCCAUCCUGGAUGGCCAAGAAUCGCCAGGAAUGUCCCAAAGACCCCCUAAGGACCACUUGGGAGGCAUGCCCUCAUCAAAAUAAAACAGACUGCUGUAGUUCCAGUGUUUUAUGAGGCUAUUGAGUGUAUUGUAGAUGUGGAGAAUAUCAUAAGACUAGGCUCCUCAGCCUAGCUUAUCACUAAUUGGAGAACAUGCGUACAUCAUCUGAAUAGGCAAUGCUGAAUUUAUCUUAUUCAGCAUUGGGAAGAAGGAUGCUUCAGCCAUCCAUGAGCUUGCUCAGUGAGUAGAGAAAGGACGAAUGACAGGACGUGUAUAGCAGUAGGCUGACCCCAAAGCACUUGGUAGCUAAUGGCCGGUAGUUGCAGUGUUACUAGCCUAUUUUGUGGACUCUGGUACCCAAUGACAAAUAAGACUGGACCAUGAGGGAGCAAUGGAAGCCUCAAAUGCAAAGAGUAUCUGACUUGUGUAGCUAUAAGCCCUCUGAAUGCAUUCAAGUAUAAAUGUAUGUCUAUUCCUUGUUUUGUGUUAAUGUUCACUUAGAUGUCUUGAACACUUUUAUAUGAAAUAAAUGUCUAUAAUAAAUGAC